AUGGAGUCGGCGGGGGCGCCGGAGGAGGUCUAUGUGCUGGUGGAGUACGGCUUCGAGUACCGGGCCAAGGACGGGACGCUGGUCUCCAUCAAGCCCAACGAGCGCUACGUCCUGCUGAAGCGCACCAACGACCACUGGUGGCACGUGAGGAAGAGCCGGGACGCGCGGCCCUUCUACAUCCCGGCCCAGUACGUCAAGGAGCUGCCCCCCAUCACCUCCCCGGCACCACUCUACCACGAGGAGCCAGAGCCGGAGCCGGAGCCGCCGGCAGCCUACGAGUACCGCUUCAUCGGCGCAGCACCCACGGCCAGGGAGGAUUUGCUGCCCACCCUCAGCUCUUUCCGGGCAGCCCCAGCACCGAGACCCCACCCCGCCGAGCCCACGCGGCCCACACAGUCCCUGGACAACCUGGCCAGGGCGACACCGGUGCCACAUGGUGCCACCACCAUGGGACCCCAUGGGGACCCCCCCGCACGCCCUCGGCCGCUCAGCAAGAGCCACUCGGAAACCCUCUGCGUGCCCAGCAAGGACACGGACACGGCGAGGCGGCCGGGGUCCGACCACGUGGCUCAGGUGCGCAAGGAGUCAGAGGAGCCGCCUGCCCACGUCUACCUCAACAUCCAGGAGCUGCAGGAGGAAGCCGCCACGGGCAGCUCGGCCCCGCCAGCGCCCGAGGAGCCCCGCGGCUCUGGGACGGACUGGGAAACCCACAUGGACACGGACUCUGGACACUUGUUUUAUUACAACCCAGUCACCGGCGAGACCACGUGGGAUUGUCCCUUUGAGCAGGCAGAAGAUGGAGUGAGUCCCGCCGCCUCGCCCGCCUCCUCGCUCGCCCACAGCCCGCAGUUUGCCGAGUGGGGCCAGUACGUGGACGAAGCCAGCGGACAGGCUUUUUUCUAUAAUUCGGUAACAGGUGAGACGUCGUGGGACCCCCCACACAUGGGAGACAGCUCCCAGGAUAUGUACCCUGGGCUGACGCCGUACAGCCCCAUGGAGCAGCGGCCGCCCACUCCGGAAACGGAUUAUCCCGACCUGUCUCCGGAUGAGCUGGAGGGCUACCCCGAGGAGGACUACUCACCCCUGGGCUCCUAUGAGCAGGGGGCUGCUCACUAUCUGCCCCCGAGGUACCCUGAGGAGCUGGGCUCGUCCCCAGGCUGGUACGGGCACAGCCACCCCGAGGGAGCACCCGGCUACCCCGAGCACUUCGGCACAGAGACGGUCCUGGCGGGUGGCCGGCACCACCGAGCCAGCAGCAGCUCCAGCCAGGACAGCGGGCUCCUCGCCUGGCCCAGCUGCACGCCAAUGGCACCGGGGCUGAAGGAGGAGAAGUUCAAAAGCCUCGACAAGGCCGGCGUGCUCAACAGGACCAAGACGGCGGACAGGGGGAAGCGGUUGAGGAAAAACUGGAGCUCGUCCUGGACUGUGCUGGAGGGCGGGAUCCUGACCUUCUUCAAGGACUCCAAGCACUCGUCCACUGGUGCCCUGAGGCACCCGGGCAACCUGACCAUGCCGGAGCACACGGUGGAGCUGCGUGGGGCCACUGUCACCUGGGCCGGCAAGGACAAAUCCAGCAAGAAGCACGUCCUGGAGCUGAGGACGCGGGAGGGCUCCGAGUUCCUCAUCCAGCACGACUCGGAGCAGAUCAUCGUCACCUGGCAGAAGGCCAUCGCGGACAGCAUUGCCCGGCUGGGCACUGACUUCCCUGCCGAGGAUGACACCGAGAGCGGGACGGAAUUCGGGUCCCGGGAGAAGCUGGGAGCGUCCGGGCAGGCUGCGGGCAUGGCCGAGAGCGACUCGAGCAAAGUGCGCAACAAACUCCGCAAGUUCCUGCAGAGGCGGCCGACGCUGCAGUCCCUGCGUGAGCGGGGCUACAUCAAGGACCAGGUCUUCGGCUGCUCCCUACAAGUGCUGUGUGAGAGGGAGCGCGGCACCGUGCCCCGCUUCGUCCAGCAGUGCAUCCAGACCGUGGAGAGGAGAGGGCUGGAUAUAGACGGGCUGUACCGGGUCAGCGGCAACCUGGCCACCAUCCAGAAGCUGCGCUACAAAGUGGACCACGAUGAGCACCUGGACCUGGACGAUGGGCGCUGGGAGGACAUCCACGUCAUCACUGGUGCCCUGAAGCUCUUCUUCCGCGAGCUGCCUGAGCCGCUUGUCCCCUUUGGCCACUUUGACAAGUUCAUUGCUGCCAUCAAGAUGCAGGAGCCGGUGCGGCGGGGACGCUGCAUCCGUGACCUGGUGUAUUCCCUCCCGCUUGCCAACCACGACACCAUGAUGCUCCUCUUCCGGCACCUCUGCAGGGUGAUUGAGUACAAGGAGGAGAACCGCAUGUCGGUGCAGAGCGUCGCCAUCGUCUUCGGCCCCACAUUGCUGCGGCCGGCGAGCGAGGAGGGCAACAUGGCCAUGCACAUGGUCUUCCAGAACCAGGUGGUGGAGCACAUCCUCAACCAGUACAGCUACAUCUUCCCCGACGGCUAA